AUGAACAGCAACUAUGGGCACGCAUCGUCGCUCGACGCAGUCGACUACGAUCCCAUGGUGCACCUCAACCAGCUAUUCUCCCACCCUUCGACCGUCUCCUCCAUCAGCCAGGUCUCGCAGACCCUGAAGGCUCGGCAGCAUGAGCUAUCGAGCGACAUCGACACCCUCGAGGCCAAGCAGGCCUACCAGCCUGACUCGAGCCUCGAGCGCAUGCAGUCGGCGCAGACGGAGCUCGCGCAGCUCUUCCGCAAGAUCGAGACGGUGCGGUCGCGCGCCAUCGAGACGGAGCAGAACAUCACAUCGAUGACGGCCGACAUCAAGCGACUCGACGGCACCAAGCGCAACCUGACGCUCAGCAUGACGGCGCUCAAGCGGCUGCAGAUGCUCACGACGGCCUACGAGCAGCUCAGGGGGCUGGCCAAGACGAGGCAAUACCGCGAGUGCGCCGGCCUCCUGCAGGCCGUCAUACAGCUCAUGAAGCACUUCAACAGCUACCGGAGCAUAGAGCAGAUUGCGACGCUGAGCCGCGAGGUCUCGGAGCUGCAGCGCGAGCUCCUGGAGCAGGUGUGCGAGGACUUUGAGAUGGCAUUUGCCAAGGGCGAGGUCGCCUCCAAGAAGGGCACGCUGAUCGAGGCCUGCCUCGUCAUGGAUGCCCUCGGUGACUCUGCCAAGUCGCGAAUUAUCAACUGGUACGUCAACACGGAGCUGCGGGAGUACCGCCAGGUGUUCCGCGGCAACGACGAGGCGGGGAGCCUCGACAACAUUGGGCGGCGGUACUCUUGGUUCAAGCGCAUGAUGAAGACGCACGAGGACGAACACGCGGCCAUCUUCCCGCCCCAUUGGCGGAUGGGCGAGCUGCUGGCCACGGCGUUUUGCGACGGCACGCGUGACGACUUCAAGGGCAUCCUGGAGCGGAGCAUGCGCCGCGUGGAUGGCAACAAGGUGGACGUCAACUUGCUCCUCAGCUGUCUGCAAGAGACGCUCGACUUUGAGCAGACGCUGGAGAAGCGCUUCUCCAACGAGCCUCGGGCGAGCAUCGACACGCUGAGUUCGACAGAGGGCAGGGCGCACAACUUCAACGGAUUGAUAUCGGUUGCUUUUGAGCCCUACCUGAGCCUCUGGGUUGAGUCACAGGAUAGGCAGUUGGCGGCCAUGAUACCCAAAUACCGGAACCAACCGUCGAUCCCGCCGGACGAGGAAUUCUCACCCCAAGCCGUCAUGACGUCCGCCAUCGAAUUGUUCCACUUUUACAAGCUUACGCUGUCGCAAUGUGCGAAGCUUUCUACGAGCGAUCGCCUGUUGGACCUUUCGCGAACGCUGGCAAAGUACCUGGACGAGUAUGCGCAACAAGUGCUCCUCUACAAGUUGCAAGCGGGUGGACCGCACGGCCCGUCGGUGCAGGAUGCGGUGCUCGUCCUGAACACGGCAGACUUUUGGCACGUAAACACGAAUCAGCUCGAGGAGAGCAUCAAGAAGAGAAUCGACGACGACCUCAUGCCCAAGGUGGACCUCUCGUCCCAGUCCGACGCCUUCCUCGGCGUGGCGAGUGCGGCUGUGCUGGCCUUGGUGCAUCUCGUGGAGCUGGACUGCGACGGCGUCUGGCGGGAGAUGAAGAACACCAACUGGAGCACCAUGGACAGCGCGGGCGACCAGAGCUCGUACGUCAGCGAGCUCGUGCGGCACGUCAACGGAAAGACGGAGGAGAUACUGGGCGUGGUGACGAAGCAGCAGUAUGCGCGGGCGUUUUGCGACAAUCUGGUGGAGCACCUGGCGACGGCGUACAUUGCCAACAUUGUGCAAUGCCGACCCAUCUCGGAAAUUGGCGCACAGCAGAUGCUUGUGGACAAGUACGCCCUCACCAAGUCGUUUGGGACCCUCAUGUCGCACCACAACCCGUCGUCAAACCAGCAGCCUCCGCCGUCCGGCUUUGUGAGGCGAGUCGAGCACUCGAUGAACCGCAUGGACCCGCUGCUCAAGACGCUGCAAGUGCGAUCGUCACCGCCCGAGGGGCUGGUGCAGGCGUACCUGAUCCACAUCGGCGACAGGUCCGACACCAACUUCAAGAAGAUCUUGGAGCUCAAGGGCGUGCGGAAGCAGGACCAGGCGCACCUGAUAGAGCUCUUCAACAUCCACAAGGAGAGCGGCUCCAACGACAAGCUGGUGCAGAACUCGGCGCUGCUGACGCCGCUGAUGACGGGGCCGCACCUCAGCGGCAGCAGCAGCGGCGGCGUCGGCGGCGUGGGACUGGGCGUGAUGAACCCGACGGCGGCGCUGAGCGCGGCGUCCGGGGCGCGCUUCGACGCCGGGUCCCUGGGGGAGAAGCUGCUGAGCGCGGCGCGGGACAUUGGGACGGGCGCCGCGGCGGGUACGGGCAUGGGCAUGGGGGCCGGUGCAGGGCCGAGCGGCUCGGAGAAGGCGACCAUCAACGAGAACCUGCGCAACUUUGGCAAGUUCUUCAAGAAGGACUUUGGCGGGCUCGGGGCGAGGUUCGGGAAGCGGGACGGGAGCGUCGGCGCCGAGGAGGGGGGCCGUUGA